AUGGCUCACCAGAUGCUCAUGGAGACGCAGCAGGAGCUGCGGCGUCUGCCUGGCAACAACCGCUGUGUCGACUGUGACGCCCCGUACCCCCAGUGGGCCACCGUCUCGUACGGCACCUUCAUGUGUCUCGAGUGCUCGGGUCGCCAUCGCGGGUUAGGUGUCCACAUUUCCUUCGUGCGGUCGGUCACGAUGGACUCGUGGACGGACAAGCAGGUGAUGCAGAUGCAGAAAGGGGGCAACGACUCGUUUCGUAAGGCUCUCUCGGCUGCUGGCGUCCCGUCGGAUCUCUCGAUCAGUGAGAAGUACAACACGCCACAAGCAGAAGUGUAUCGCCAACGGCUGACGGCGAUUGUCGAGGGACGAGCGCCGCCGUCGCUGCCUCAGUGGGACCCGAGCACGCGCCAACCAUCUACUUCCUCCUUCUCAUCUGCUUCGUAUGCUGGUGGAGGGUCGGCGGGAGGCGAUACACGUGGUGUGGAAGCACUCAAAGGCGAGUCCGAGCAGGACUACGUUGCUCGUCAGGUACAGCUGCGUGAAGAAGCGCGGGCCCGCAUGGCUGCCAAGUUUGGCAGCAAUGGUAUGCAGGGCAUCGGAAGUGGCGGUGAAACGCGGGUGCCUCAAGCUCCGUCUUCUGGUCUCGGAGACCUCUCGGGUGCCUUUGGUUACCUGACCAGCACAGUGACGACAGUCGCUAGUUCGGCUGCCAAUCUUGUGAAGGACCAAGACUUGGGAUCCAAAGUGUCGUCCGGGUGGUCGUUCGUGCAGAACGCAAUCCACGAUCCGGCACUUACGGAGAACGUCAAGUCCUCUGCUUCGUCUGGCUGGUCCGUGCUGUCUAGUGGUGCAUCUGCGCUGAUACAGACCGCCCAGACUGCAGUUAAUGGUGGAAGUGGGUAUGCCAAUAACAACGCAGCUGGAAUGAACAGCGCCUUCCCUCGCACCAACGCUGAUCUAUCGACCUCUGGUAAGUAUGCAGGUGUUGGCAGCAGCAGCAGCAGCGGCGUAAGCUCGUCAAGUCGCGAUCACGAUAACGACUCGUGGUUGGACUCGCAGCUUGGCAGUAGCGAUUUCAACACCCACAGCGGCAGUUCUCACACAACGACGCAGCAGACAAAAUCGACUUCGACGCCCAAUGUGUUCGGAUCCUCAUCGUUCAGCAGCAAUGAUGGCAGCCACGACCUGCUUGGUCUCUCUGCUUUGCCAACUACCCCAGCCACAAGCAGCAAUGGAUCAGCUGCUGCUCCUGCUGCAGCCGUUGCAAAGGAGACAAAACCCAAAAAGGAUGUCGAUUUCUUCGGCGAGUUUGGCUUCUAG